GCUGUUUUUUUUUGUAUUCGUUCGAAAAUGCUACUCGUGUUAAUUCGAAAUAACCAAAUUAUUAUAAAUUCGUUUUGAAACUGAUACGGUUUGUGAUUUACAGUAGUCGUAGAGAUAAGCUCGUCGAGUAAUAUUAUUUCACUUUUUCUGUCUGCUUUAUAUUUAUCGCAUAGAAGUUGUAGUAAAAGUUGUUAAACUACCAUAUGUUUCGUGCCCAGUGUAUUUAAAAUUUACUCAGAACUCGGUAUUUAUCUAAUUUUCAAAAAAACAUUUUUCCCAGUCGUAGGUAUUGUUACCUAAUACUUUUGUUUGCUGAAAUUUAUCAUCAUGUUGGCUGCAAUCAGUAGUUUUGCGAGUGUCGCGUUCGAAUAUGAAAAUAACCGAUGCGAUGUGGAAGAAAACGUUAAAUGCAGGUCAGUAUUCGGAUUCGGAGUAGAUAUCAUGUCAUCGCCUUCGUCAUCGUCCUCGUCUUCGUCCUCUCCAACGAAAACUGAAGCUGAAGCACUUGUUGAUUCAUCAGCUGUUUGGGUAUUCGGAUACGGAUCGUUAUGCUGGAAUCCUGGCUUCACUUUUCAACAAUCUAUGAUCGGUUACGUUAAAGGAUUCUCGCGCAAGUUUUGGCAAGGAAGUACUUCGCAUAGAGGCACCGUGACGCAGCCGGGAAGAGUGGCGACGUUAAUCGAAGACGAUAAGGCUUUGGUAUGGGGCAGAGCGUUCUUGGUAACCGAAGACUCGGCAGCUUAUCAUUAUUUACAAAAACGAGAAUGCUCGAAUGGCGGAUACCUGCAAGAAAUCGUGUCUUUCUACCCGAACGGCGACGAGUCGAGUACGCCAAUCGAAGCUGUGACUUUUAUUGCCUAUUCCGAUAAUCACCUAUGGCUCGGUGAUGCGCCCCUAAUGGACAUAUCGUGGCAAAUAGUGAACUCGAAAGGUAUGGCCGGAUACAACGCCGAAUACGUUUUGAAGUUGGCCGAUUUCAUGAGACGUAACGUGCCCCAAGAAACCGAUGUCGAAUUGUUCACCUUAGAGGUGCUAAUUCUCGAUCGAAUACAAAAACAAAAGCUCUGCUUGACUGAAAUGAUGAACGGUGGAUGUGCAGCGAGCGCCGAACUCGAAGCUCGUAUCGAGGCGGCUGAAUCGUCGUCAUCAUCAUCGCAACCUCAUCCGAGAACAGCCCCUGCAUCGAACGAAUUCGCCAACCGAGUACCCGAUAAGAAAUUACGAUGUGUGAAUAUAUGACGUAGACGAGCUGUCUUACGAUGUGAUACGGUAUACAAUUUUGUUGUUAAUUUAAACCUGAUAUGCGGAUCAAUUAAUACCAUUCAUUUAAACACCGAUAAAAGGUAAUUAGCCGGGAUCAUAUGAUUUUCUCGACGUCUUUUCAUUUUGUACCUAUCAACCUAUCCCUAUCCUCCUCCACCAACCUAUUUUCAGGUAUUGUCAGUUCACCGAUAAUCGAUAUUGAUUCUUACGUUAUAUGCCAAUUUCGAAGAAAUUCACGAUAUCAUUUUUUUUGUAAUGAAGUAAUGUAAUGAAAAUAACACUAUUAUUCUUGGUAAGGUGCACCGAGAAUGAUGUUGUGAUAAAUUUUUUAUUACUUUGAUAUUUUUAAAUCGACGAUGUCAUAUUUUUUUUUUGGAAUUUUUAAACUUAGUUAUAGGAUUUAGGCUGUGAAUGUUUUGAUUUGUACGUAUGUUUUAAGAGAUUUUGUUUUGUUCUAUUGUUUUGUUUCUUCGAGUUUUUUUUUUACAGUGAAAUUUCGACCAUUGAUGAUAAGUUUUGUUGAAUUUUACUCCGGGAUUUUUUUUAAAAAACAAAGUCAUUCAUUUUCAAAAUUAUAUUUUUGUUUGUUUGGUUUGAUUGAUUUUGGAAGAGACAACUCGUUUUCAAGAGCUAAAUAUCCUAUAAUUUGUUGUCAUUUUUUUUACGAUCAUUGCAUACCUACCUAUUUAUUAUAAUAAUUAUACCAACGAGUUUCACAAUAAUUUUUUUUAUAGGCGACAAUUUUUUUGUUCGAUGCAUUUAUCAUUGUAGAUGUUGUUUUUUUUGUAAGGAUUCAUAAUACGUAUUUAUUAAAUGAUUUUUCGUUAUAAUUUA